GUGGCGCUAUAAAUAAAGGAUGGGGACCACUAUGGUGCUCUUUGGUUGCGUUCGGCCUGACAGAGCAUAGACAUGACUUUUUGCGUACUCUUGUGUGCCAGCGAGUGAACCUUUUGGGCAGUGCAGAUUUUUACUGCGCAUGUGUUUUACCCCAAUCAUAUGACGCGUGACGUCUCCUUUGUAAAGGUAGUACUCAAACCGUGGGUGGAGAUACUCAGAUGGAGGCGGUAUGUUCGAAUGAGCCUGCAUGUGACACAAGAAGUUAUCGCAUGUUUUCUGCAGCCCAUAAAAAAACAGACUGGGGUGUCUUAUUUCAGUUUGUGAGUUGGUUGACACUCAAGAUACCCAGUUCUAUGUGCACAAGCACUGAAAAAGUGACUUUUUCACGGUAUGUCCCCUUCAAUAAGUCUACUGGUUUAGGUAAAAUAACAUCGGCUCAAUCUAUUGUUCCAAAAAUAAGGCCUUGGGAAUGAGACGGCAAUGACCUAAGUAGCGAAUGGGCAACAGUGUGGGAUGGACAGCUGGUCGCAGCUGAAUUAUAACUGGCACUACAUGUGUGACACCACCCACAGACUCAUCGUCUGCUCUCCUUCAUUUCAUGGCCUGGAACUGUCCAGCCUGCAUGAUAGUUCACCAGAUACGUUUUAUAUUAUAACAUAAAUUGUAUUUGGUCAACUAUCAUGUAAAACACAACUAUGUCAUCAAGUGUUCAGUGGUAAACUUUAUUUACUGAUACGACUAUUACAACAGUGACUAUCUCUAAUAGUAAUAUGUUUUGCGUCAUUGUGAAACAAGUAAAUCUACUUUCUGCUCAGUAAAUACAUUUGAAUAACUUGGUUAUCUCAGGAGCUAAUUCAGCACAGACGAUGAUAGAUGAUGACAACGUCCCUUCAUUCAAUCCUAAUUAGUGUUAAUAAGAUUUCACAUAACUGAGUGACCUGAUGAGCGCACGCAGUAUAUACAGAAAGUUCUAAUACAGACAAAUUAUUCCUCUUUGGCAUCGAGUCUAUAUCAGCUGAGACGAGUUGAAAUGAAAACGCUAUGCAGAAACAAUGAUGACUAUAUGCAGAUAAAAUGAUAAUGAAAGUGUCGAUCGGACAUAGUUCCUCAAAUAUAUAUUUGAAUACGCCUAUAGCUAGAGGUCAUGGCUGGAAACAUGUUUAAACUGUAAAUCUUUCAUAUAUUAUUUGACAUAGGUUAAUUUCAUACAUUAUGAAUAUUUUUUUUACGGUAGGAUACAUUUUAUUUUCUCGAUUUACAUGAAAAAGGGCAGAUAACUGUUUUAAUAAAACAAUUAUUUGUGGACAUAAAAUAUUCAAAUAUAACCUCCUUUUACACACACACAGCCUUUUCCUGGUCUUGACCUCGAUAUCGUACACUGUCUGAACCUAAAAGCAACACUCUUUGUAUCUGUCCUUUUUUGCUAUUUUUCUUAACCCCUUUAUUUUUUGUUUAUUUAUUGUGCUGUGGAUAUUGUUUUUACGACACUUCCAGGUGUACCUGAAGGCAACAGUCCGCGCCCGUGCCCUCUGCUGCACAUGGCGGGUACUACCACCGUCCCCGUUGUCAAGGAGCUGCGUCUGCGGUUGCUAUCAUGGAGGGGCGACUGUACACAGACAGACUCAGGUGAAGCAGCUAGAAAAGUCACAACUUCGCGGUGUUAUGUCUGACUUCUUUUAAACGUUUGAACGGAUCGGAGCUUUGGCGUGAGCUCAAAGGAAGGACCCGCCGAGCCACGCUCGGGUUAGCAGCUCUGCAGGAAGCUGGACCUGCAUGUCUGUCCGGUGUCAACCAGGAUCUGCAGCCUCGGAGGAUGCAAGAUGUUCAGGGCACCUUCUACUACCACUCAAAUUCCCGGCAGGGAGCCGAUGGAGGCCUCCAAGAUGAGAGACGACUUUUGGUUGAAGAGCAAAAGUUGUGCAGAUCCCGAGCCCGCAGGUUCUCCCUGGAAACCACCCGUCGCAGGAGGGCUCUGGAGGAAAGACAGAAGCAGCGGGACGUACAGGAGCAGCAGCUGAUAGAGAACAUCCUGAAGCAACGCAGACAGCGAGUACAGGAUGCAACCGAGCGCUUCCAAAGAGCCCAUUUACCCCCCUCUCAGAGACGCAGACAAUCUUUUAGAAGAAACGUCCCAAAUAUUGAAGAUGCGCUCAAUCAAAUUCGAGGCUCCUCGAGUUCAUUCACCCAGCGGUCCUCUUUCUUGUCCGGCAACUUUAACAUUAGCAGAAGCUGCACUCCCUCUCCUAAGCCGCCCACAAUUUCUAAACCCUCUCACCGCCAGGCGCUCUCUGCUGUGGAGGCCUACACCAAACUGCUCCAGGAGCAGAGCCUGACCUGCUUCAAGAGCAGUCCACAAAGUGAAAAGACACAAGAGAAGCAACACAACAGUCCUCAGGUAUGCUGGUUGUUUCAUUUCAAUGUGCAGGAAACAAAGUGUUAUUUCACCCCUGGUUGUUUUUUUAAGGUAUUGGAAUUUAUAUUAAAAAAAAGUUAUUGAUGUCAUUUCUUCCCUCCCCUGCUUUGUCUCUAACACACAUACCUCACUCUUUUCAUAUUGUACGUAUGAAAUGGACAUGCACUCAGAGUUUAACUUAACCCUCUUGGCAGCUCACCAUAACAAAAAAAGAUUUUUCAUUUUACCUGAUUUAAUAAAGUUUAAAUUGAACAAAUACUGUACGUCAAUGGAGCGACCGUUGUCUGCUGCUAAAAGAUCUCUUAGAAGAGUCUCUUGCUGUAAUCAGACUACAAUUCAUCAAGACGUCUUUGUUAUUGAUGAUGUUAAACCAGAGCCAACGUAAAAUAUUACUGGUAUGUAAAAACUACACGGACAACAAAAUAGAUGUAAAUGUUGAU